UCUUUUAAAUCUGUUCUCUUCUGUGUUGGCUCUCGAAGUUUUAAUCAUUCAAAGUUAAUGGAGACUUACUCAGGCCUGGGUUUUUAAGAAUCCCUUUUGGAAUCUGAUUGCUGUUUUGCCGGUGCCAGAAAGAUAGAGCAAUAAACAAGCACACGUCACAGGCUCAGGCACGGGCCGUGGCUGCAGCCUCCCUGUGGCACAAUUGGACGGAAGAAAGCAGCUUCCCAAGGAGGGAAUGUGUCGGGCAGGCUCUUUCCACACAGACCAUGGCCUGUUUUUAGAAGCCAGACUGAACGAAGACAGCCUUAAAGAAAGCUCUUGAAGGAUUCUUUAAAGUCUUCUGAACAGAAAGAAACCAGGGCAUCAAAGGUGCAUCUCCGUUCUUCACUCUUACUUUCCUAACAGACAAAAUGAUUAAAAAAGAGAGGAGCGUGUGUCGACAAACUCAGGCCCUUCUGCACAAGAAUUUUCUUAGAAAAUGGAGAAUGAAAAAAAAGAGCGUGUUGGAGUGGGCGAUGGUGCUGCUCCCGGGGCUGGCUCUCUGCCUCUUGACGGAGUUCUUCAGAGCUAUGCAUUUCCUGGAACAACCGCCUCAGGUCCUGGGACGUGUGGAUGAGUUUAAUGACUCCGACCCGGUGUUGGUGGCCUACACCCCGGUCACUAAUGUGACCCGGAGCAUCAUGGAUAAGGUGGCUGCGGCCUCCUAUAUGAAAGGAAGAACAAUCCUUGGGAUCCCUAGUGAAGACUCCAUGGACAGAGUAGAUCCAAGAAACGACUCUGAGAUGGUGGGGAUUGUGUUCAACGACACUUUCUCAUACCGGCUGAAGUUCAGCUGGGGACACAGAGUCCCGAUCAUGAGAGAGAACUUCGAGUACUCAGACCACUGUUUGGCUCUAGAGGAUGAAGCUUUCUGUCUCCUGUCUACAUACUGGGAAAGCGGGUUUGUGGCUUUUCAAACUGCAAUUAAUGCUGCAAUUAUAGAAGUCACAACGAAUCAUUCUGUGAUGGAAGAGUUGACAUCAGUUGUUGGAAUAAAUAUGAGGACACCCCCUUUCAUUUCUAAGGGAGAAAUUGUAAAUGAAUGGUUUAUUUUUAUUUGUAUUAUUUAUUUCUCCCCUUUUGUGUAUGUUGCAUCAUUAAACAUUACAAAGGAACGAAAAAAAUUUAAGACGCUGAUGACAGGGAUGGGUCUCCGACAGUCAGCAUUUUGGCUCUCCUGGGCAUUGAUGUAUGCUGGCUUUGUCUUUAUUGCAUCCAUUUUUAUGAGUCUGGUCAUAAAAUUAUUCCAAAUGAUUAUCCUUACUGGCUUCAUGGUGCUAGUCACGCUUUUCACUCUGUAUGGCCUGUCUUUGAUAGCACUGGCUUUCCUUCUCUGCGUGCUGAUCAAGAGACCCAUCCUGACCGGCGUGGCUGGCGCUCUCGUCACCGUGUUUUGGGGCUGCCUGGGCUUCACUGCAUUGUACAGUCCGCUCCCGCCGUCACUGGGGUGGGCUUUAUGUCUGUUCAGCCCUUUUGCCUUCACUGCUGGAAUGGCUCAGAUUUCACAUCAGGAGUAUCACGUGAGUGCUGUUGUUUUCCCUGAUCCCUCUGGAGAGUCAUACACAAUGAUAGUGAUUUUCUUCCUUCUGGCAUUUGACACUCUGCUCUAUUUGACGUUAACAUUAUAUUUUGAGCAUGUUUUGCCUGAUGAAAAUGGCCAGCGGCAUUCACCACUGUUUUUCCUGAAGUCUUCCUUUUGGUCCCAACACAAAAACACUCACCGUGAGGUCUUCGGGAAUGAAAUGAAUUCUGAGCUCUCCUGCGAUGAUUCUUUUGAGCCAGUGUCUCCAGAGUUCCACGGAAAAGAAGCCAUAAGAAUCAGAAAUCUUAGAAAAGAAUAUAAAGGAAAGCCCGAAAAAGUAGAAGCAUUGCAAGGCAUAUGUCUUGACAUCUAUGAAGGCCAGCUCACGGCAAUUCUUGGACACAGUGGAGCUGGUAAAUCCUCGUUGCUGAGCAUACUUAGUGGCUGGUCUGUUUGCACCGAAGGAUCUGCCACUAUUUACAACACCCAACUCUCUGAAAUAAUAAACAUGGAAGAAAUCAGAAAUUAUACUGGAUUUUGUCCACAAUUUAAUAUCUACUUUGACUUUUUAACUGUGAGAGAAAACCUCAGGCUAUUUGCAAAAAUAAAAGGGAUUCCACCAAAAGAAGUGGAGCAAGAGGUAAAAGGAGUUAUAAUGGAAUUAGACAUGCACAAUAUUCAAGAUGUUAUUGCUAAAGACUUAAGUGGUGGACAGAAGAGAAAACUCACAUUUGGGAUUGCCAUUUUAGGAGAUCCUCAGGUUUUGCUCCUGGAUGAGCCAACUGCUGGACUCGAUCCUUUCUCAAGGCACCUCGUUUGGAACUUCCUGAAGGAGAGGAAAACUAACCACACGAUCGUGUUUAGUACCCAGUUCGUGGACGAGGCUGACAUCCUGGCUGAUAGGAAAGUGUUUCUGUCUAACGGGAAGCUCAGAUGUGCAGGGUCGUCUUUGUUUCUGAAGCGGAAAUGGGGUAUUGGAUAUCAUUUAAGUUUACACAGGAAUGAAAGGUGCAAUACAGAGAGAAUCACAUCCCUCAUCACACAGCACAUCUCAGACGCCAAGUUAACCGCAGAAAGUGAAGAAAAACUUGUGUAUACGUUGCCCCUGGAGAGAACAGACAAGUUUCCAGAUCUUUGCAGAGACCUUGAAAACUCUUCUGACCAGGGAAUAAUGAAUUUUGGUGUUUCCAUGACAACUCUAAGUGAAGUAUUCUUGAACCUAAAAGGCAGAUCGGCAAUUGAUGAGCCAGAUCCCGGUGUCGGGGGACCGGCAGAAAUCAACGUGACCCCAGACCCCGGCGUCGAGUCUGCAGCCCAGCAGGCUCUUUGUUCCCUUCCUGAGGUGAGAAAGACCGUCAGCUCUGCAGCUCUGUGGAGACGACAGGUCUGUGCGGUGGCGAGACUCCGCUUCUUAAAGUUGAGGAGUGAGAGGAAGAUUUUCCUGUCCUUGUUAGUGGUGUUCGGAAUUGCUUUAAUCCCCACUAUCUUCGAGAAGAUCAUGUAUUCAGUGUUUUUUCAUGAUGAUCGCUGGGAGUUUUCACCCGGAAUGUACUUCCUUUCUCUGGAACAGCUCCCUCAAACUCCUCUGACCAAUCUAUUGAUCAUCAACAAUACAGGAUCCGAUAUUGAAGACGUUGUGCAGUCCCUGAAGCGUCAGGGUCUCGUCUUGGAAGUAGAUGAUGCUGGAAACAGAAACGGCUCAGACGACCCUUCCUACAAUGGAGCCGUCAUCGUGUCUGGUGGCCACAAGGAUUACAGAUUUUCAGUUGCAUGCAAUACCAAGAGGAUGAACUGUUUUCCUGUUCUUAUUGGGAUUGUUAGCAAUGCCCUGCUUGGAAUCUUUAACGUCACAGAGCUUAUUAAGACGGAGAGGAGCACGUUUCCACUCGACGAGCCAACAUGGGCAGUUGGCAUUUUGGAUUUUCUUCUGUUGCUCGUUGUAAACUGCCUUUCUCCGUACAUUGGGAUGAACAGCGUCAGCGAUUACGAACAAAAAGCUCAGUCUCAGCUACGGAUCUCAGGCCUCUGUCCGUCAGCAUGCUGGUGUGGACAGGCCCUGGUGGACAUCUCAUUUUAUUUUGGAAUUCUUUUUUCGAUACAUUUAAUGUACUGCAUAUUUUUGGAAUUCACGAUUGUAUUAGAAUUCGUGUUUGCUCUGGCGGUUUGCGUGGCCGGCUGUGCGGCGUGUCUCAUACUCCUCACGUACGUGAUUUCACUCCUCUUUCCCAUGGGAAGAAAAAAUAACGGCUUUUGGUCUCUCAGCUUUUUUCUUAUCUCGUUAUUUAUGCUCAUCCUCCUGGGACUAACUCAUUCUGGAAAUAUUAUAAUUAUAUGUAUAAUUUUAAUACCUUCGUGCACUUCAAUUUUUUUUCUUUCUGAAAUGAUAGAGCAGUUGUAUCAAAGAAGGUCCAGAAGUCAGGACUCUGAGAGAAGUGGAAUUGUUGAAAUCAUUCUCCUAACAAUCUUCAUACCGUACCUUCAGAUGAUCAUUUUUCUUUUUAUUAUACGGUGCCUGGAAAUGAAGUAUGGAAAAGGAACAAUGAGGAAAGAUCCAUUUUUCAGAAUCUCUCCAAGAAGAAGGGAAUAUCGUCCAAACCCAGAAGAACCGGAAGAAGAGGAUGAAGAUGUUCAAGCAGAAAGAGUGAAAACAGCGAAUGCACUCACUGCUUCCAACUUGGACGAGAAGCCAGUAAUAAUGGCAAGCUGUUUACACAAGAAAUAUAAACAGAAAAAGAAAAGAUGCUUUUCAGCCAGAAAGACGAAAACAGCCGUUCAGAAUGUUUCCUUCUGUAUCAACAAAGGUGAAGUGUUGGGAUUGCUGGGGCACAAUGGAGCUGGGAAAAGCACUUCUAUUAAAAUGAUAACUGGAGACACAAAGCCGACCGCGGGAGUGGUGGUUUUCAGUGGCAGUGGGACAGCUCAGACGCAGCAGGCAGACGACGGCUUCGGGCGCCUGGGUUACUGUCCGCAGGAGGACGCACUGUGGCCUGACCUCACUGUCCGAGAACACCUGGACUUGUACGCAGCCGUGAAAGGCCUGGCCAAAGAGGAGGCUGUUCUCAGCGUCUCCAGGCUGGCAGACGCCCUGAAGCUGCAGGACCAGAUGGCGCUCCCCGCCAAGGCCUUACCCGAAGGGGCGAAGAGAAAGCUGAGCUUCGCGCUGAGCAUCCUGGGGAGCCCGGCCAUGCUGCUUCUGGACGAGCCAACCACGGGACUGGACCCCGAGGGGCAGCUGCAGAUGUGGCAGGCAAUCCAGGCCAUUGUUAAAAACACAGCGAGGAGCGCCCUGCUGACCACCCACUCCAUGGCCGAGGCGGAGGCCGUGUGCGAUCGUGUGGCUGUCAUGGUGUCCGGGAGGCUGAGGUGUAUCGGUUCCGUUCAGCAUCUGAAAAGCAAGUUUGGCAAAGACUACUUACUGGAGGUGAAGGUAAAGGCGCUCACCCGGGUGGAGCCUCUGCACAUGGAGAUUCUCAAGCUCUUCCCCCAGGCCGCUCGGCAGGAGAGAUAUUCGUUCGUGAUGGCAUAUAAAUUACCCAUAGAGGAUGUUCACCCUCUGUCUCAGACCUUUUCCAAAUUAGAGGCAGUGAAACAGACCUUCGACCUGGAAGAAUACAGCCUUUCCCAGGCCACCUUGGAGCAGGUAUUCUUAGAACUCUCCAAAGAGCAGGAGCUGGGGAAUUUGGAUGAUGACAUUGAUACGACAGUCAGAUGGAAACUUCUGCCACAGGAAGAGUCUUAAGACCCUGAACCUCCUCAUGUCUGAUGUUAGCUAUCACUGCAUCCUUAGUUUCCAUAAUUGUAGAAGAAGCUUUCAUAUUACUGAAGUUAACAGAACAUUCAGUAGUUUAAACAUUCGAUAAUGGUUACGUUUUUUAGAUUUUUUUUUUUUUUUUGAUGUGGACCAUUUUUAAAGAUUUUAUUGAAUUUGUUACAGUAUUGCUUCUGUUUUAUGUUUGGGUUUUUUUUGGCCAUAUAUCAUGUGGCAUAUCCGCUCCCCGACCAGGGAUGGAACCCACACCCCUCUAGUGGAAGGAGAAGUCUUAACCACUGGAUCUCCAGGGAAAGCCCAUGAUUAAGAUUUUAUAUGGUUUUUUAAAUUUUAGAAUGGAGAGAAGAGACAAAGAUAAAGAAAUGUAGCAGACAGCAUUAAUGCAAUCAGACGUUAUAUUAAUCACUGGUUAGGCCUAUUUUGUGUUUAACUCAGAAAUCACCUGUUAGACAAGUGCUGUGUUGUUCAGUAAGGCUGGCUGCUCAGCGCGUGUCACAAAUAAAACCUUGCAGGCUUUUUAACCCUGGAAUUUAAGUGUGUCAUCUUUCUAAAGCGUUAUUUACUCAAGUACCAACCUAAUGUGACAGACUGUCAGAAGAUCUAAAAAGUUGAUGGGUGACAGUAUAACUUUUAGAUUUAAUCACAUAGUGUGAUUAUAAAGUAAAUGCUAGCUUCAGGGUUAUGGAAACCAUGUGAGUGGAGAUAACAGGGAUCUGUGGUAAAACCACAGUAAGUAUUUUGGCUGACCUACAUUCAGUGUGCUUUUCAGGAGUACUUUUUCGAAGUUGGUAUGAGUGAGCCUAGUAAUUCUUUAUAUUUCUCACUUACCAUUUCCGGGACGUCUCCCAUGUCAUUAUAACCCUUCUGUGUUCUGUAGCAGCUUCAUGGCAUUCCUCUGAUGUUCUACCACGUUAGCCUUUUUACUGUUGCCUGACAGUCUGGUCCCAUGCACAUUUAUAAAUAAAGCUGUGAUGAGCUGCUUUGAAA